GCCUCAUCUUUACGUGUCAUCGCCGUCACUGACUCCUUCCUUUCGUGCGUUAUCCUCAAGCGGGCCGGCAAGGCCCUCGCCCUUCGUCUUUCCCCGCCGCAGGAUGACCGACUUCAGCGGAAGCUUGCCAAGCGUUGGCGGCGGCGAAGGACCCGGUCAGGGAGAACUAUCCGCUCGCGGAGCCCGCAUCGCCGAUGGCACCAAGGGCCUCCUGGACAAAGGCUUCGAUAGGUACCUCGACGACCCUUUCGACGCGGACCAAAACCCUCAGGGCAUUUUGAAUUUUGGAACAAGCGAGAACAAGCUUUGUUUUGAUUUACUACAGGAAAGGCUUUCGAAACCUGAUAUGAAUUAUUUGGAGCCUCAUUUACUCCAAUACUCGGAUACCCAAGGCAUUAAAAGCUUCCGAGAAGAAAUUGCCAAAUUUCUUACUGAAUAUGCAAAUGCUUCAGUACCAUUAGAUCCAGAACAUAUUAUUGUGAUGAAUGGCUGCUGUGCUGUCUUUGCAACUCUUUCGACUGUGUUGUGUGAUCCUGGAGAUGGAUAUCUAAUUCCAACUCCAUAUUAUGGUGGCAUAAAUUCCAAAACUUGGCUAUAUGGUGGAAUGCAACCUAUUCAUGUACCAUUAUUCAGUGAGGUAGCUGACAAAGGAAGCCAGCCUUUUCAAUUAACAGUUGAAAAAUUAGAAGCUGCGUACAAGGGAGCCAGGAAAAAGGGCAUCCGAGUCAGAGCAUUAAUCCUGAUCAACCCUCACAAUCCAUUAGGGGACAUUUACCCAGCACAGUUACUGACAGAAUGUCUAGAGUUUGCGCACAGGUAUGAGUUACAUAUAAUAAUGGAUGAAAUUUACAUGCUGUCAGUAUAUGGUGAUACCACAUUUACAAGCAUCCUUAGCUUAAAGAGUUUACCUGAUCCAGAUCGAACCCAUUUUAUGUGGGGAUUUAGCAAGGAUUUUGGCAUGUGUGGUAUUCGAGUUGGAAUAUUAUACACCAGAAACCAUUACAUCAGGAAGGCAGUUAAUCAGCUUGUGGUUUUUCAUGGAUGUUCUGGCCCUGUACAGCAUGUUCUCCAACAAAUCCUUAAAGACAGAGACUGGCUGGAUAAUGUCUUUUUCCCAAUAAAUAAAAAAAGAUUAAAAGAAGCUCAAAACAUUCUUGUGGAUGGCCUUGCAGAUAUUGGAAUACCUGUUUUAAAAAGCUCAGGAGGGUUAUAUGUGUGGGCUGAUUUCAGGAAGUUUUUAAAAACACAGACAUUUGAAGCUGAAAUUGAUUUAUGGAUGAAGAUUCUUGACGAAAAACUUCUUAUUAGUCCUGGGAAGGCCUUCUGCUGUUACGAACCUGGAUGGUUUAGAAUAAUUUUCUCAGAUUCUGUACAUAAGAUUAUUUUGUGCAUUCAGAGACUUCAACAAUUGCUUUGUGAUAAAAUGGAUGAACCUGUUACUCUUUGUUCAUCUCCUGAAGGAAACAAAUGUACUGAGUCAGAUGACAAUGUUUCUGCUAACGUCAUAAAUACACCAGUGGAUGAUAUGUCAGAGGGUUAUUCACAGCUAAAGAAAAUAGCUGUUUUCUAAAAUCUGGACUGACAACAUAAAUAACCCGUUUUUAUGCAUCAUUUGACUCCCUUUCUUUUCUCUUUAUAUAACCUGAAUAUAGCUUUUACCUUGUACUUUGUAAUUUAUGGUUAUUAAUUUAAAAUAAGGACUAUUAUAUCUGGGAAUGAUUAACUUCCUUAAUGAGGUUUCUCUUAACUGAAGUGUUAAAUUUAUAUUGGAAAACAACCAUUUCUCAAUGUGUUUCUUUAAGACAGGUUCCAAGGCUUAAAACAAUGCUUCUACUGGUAAACAAACAGUUGGGGGAAAGUAGGUGUGCUGGUGAACAAUUACCACAUUUCAUUCAUUUUCAAUCUGUUUAAAAUUGCUUUUACAUAUUUUAUAUGAAUUUAUGCUGGCAGAAUUUCAUUUUAUUUUAAUAAUAAUUCCCAUUAGUCCAUAUUACUAUCUUACUUUGCAAUAUUUGAGUUUCACUAAUAUCAAGUCAAGCAUGUGUGAAUACAAUUGUUAAUAACAUAUUGUGGACUUUGUAUUGAUCCCUUUAUUUGUAAAAUGUUAAAACCAAAUGUUUUAAAACACUGAAAGUUAGUUUUCUUGACGUGUACUGCAUUUUGCUUUCUAAGAAAGUUCAAUUUUUCUGGUUAUCGUUCAGUUCUAUAAGUGUCCUUGUAUGUUAUGCUGUUCUUCUGGAAACAGUUCUAUUUGUUUUGCACCACAGCUCCAGCUAUCACAGGAUCUGGGAUCAUGAUUGCAUCACAUUGAGUCAUGGUCAUGUGAUCGCAAUUUCUGAUGUACUUUGCCAGUUUUUCACAAACAAAGUGAAUUGGAAAACUGGCAGGAAGUCAGAAGUCACAAUUACAUGAAGUCCUCAGUUAACAACAGCAAUUGAAACUGCUAAAAUUGCCAUUACUAAACAAUCUGAUCAUGUAAUGCUUUACUGUCAUUUCACAUAACAAUGGAGUUCUCAGUUCCAAUUGUCUGAAGAUUACCCGUAAUAACUUCAAAACAUUCUGACUAAAAUAAGAAUCAAGACAACUUUAUGCCUACUAGGAUUUUAAACAGUUUUACUGCAUAAUGUUAAACACACAUGUGAUUUGCUCAAAAAAUUGUUUACUUAAGUUGCAUAUAAAAUGUACCUUUCAGCAAUGCAAUGGAGAACCAAUUCUACUCUUCCUUUUUUACAAUAGGUAUUACAUCUUAAAUAUAGAGAAGUUGGAUCUUAGGUUGGUAAAAUCUAAAGAUCACUAAUUUACUGUAAUAAAUUGUUCGGCUGCAA